AUGUCAUUUGCGAAUUUCCCCCUCCUAUGGCUCUUUGGUGGACGAAAUAAUAUCUUCCUGUGGGCCACUGGGUGGAGCUUUGCAUCGUUCAAUAUAUUCCAUCGUCAUGUGGCCCGAGUGGCCACUGUACAGGCCAUAGUGCACUCUGUUCUUUACGUUGUCAUGUUUAUUCAAACGGGAAAAGCUUGGAGAGGUCUGUCGAAGACCUAUGUUUUGUGGGGUAUUUUGGGCACAUUCGUGAUGAUUCUGCUGUUGAUCACCUCAUUGGAUCGGAUUCGCAUUGCGACAUAUGAGCUCUUCUUGAUUGCACAUGUCGUGCUUUCGAUCAUCACUCUUGUCGGGUGCUUUUACCACACGAUUGUUUUCGAAGGGUAUGAAUACUGGAAGUACUUGUGGCCCUCGGUCGUCAUAUGGGUCGUUGAUCGCUUCCUUCGAAUUGUACGGCUAUGUUAUUGUAACCUUCAUGUGAGUAUUUCAAACGAAAGAAUUGUGGAGGUCUCUACGAGCCACAUGGUUUACGACGAAGCGACCGACGUGGUGCGGCUAGAGGUUACACCAGGGAUACCUUCUCUUCAACCUUCACCAGGACAGUACUAUUAUUUAUACCAACCAUUUCGAUUUACCGGCUGGGAGAGCCAUCCCUUUACCAUUGGAGCUUGGUCUUACGACAUAGACCAGACCUCGCUGGCACCGACAACCAAGCGGAAGUUGAUCAAAUCUCAUGAUGUUUCGCAUGUGCCGCUUCUUGCAGGUGGUGCCUCUGACCAGGACUACCAGGGCAACUCAGAAGGCGGCUCGUCGGGCCAAGAAGGAUUAUUGAAGUUGAAAAUGACUUUCUGGGUCCGCCCGUAUGACGGUUGGACCAAACAAUUGCGCCAGCAAUGUCUGAGCUCACCAGACAAGAGCAGCGAAGCAACCAUUCUUCUUGAAGGCCCCUACGGAAAAACCUUUCCACUGUGGAGGUAUGAAUCAGUCUUGAUUAUCGUUGGUGGGACGGGAAUAGCGUCGGCUGUGCCAUAUAUUCAAGAUCAUCUCCGCCGAUCCGUUGAAGACUGGAAUGAAGGCCCCGAAAAUGAGAAAACACGAGUCAGAGACAUGGAGCUUGUUUGGACCACUAAACAAGCAGCGUUUAUCGAAGAUGUUUGUCGCCGAGAGCUGAAAGGCGCACUUGAACGAGAGGACUUCCGUGCCUCUUUCUACGCUACGCGUGAUUCCACCGCCUCCCAACUUCCUACCACCUUGGAUAUCCAUUCAGGCCGACCCCACCUUCAAUCCCUGAUCAUGAGCCGGGCCUGCGACGCAUGCUCUGCCGGUAAUAGCCUUGCGAUUCUCGUAUGUGGCCCAGCUAGAAUGGCGGAUGAAGCGCGCGCCGCCACCCAUCUUGCGAUGCGACAAGGCCACCGCUCUAUCAAAUUUGUGGAGGAGUCUUUUACAUGGUAG